AUGUAUAAGGCCUCAACUGGAGCAUUGGAUGUAAGAACACUAUUCAUAGCUACAUACAGAAAUGCUGCAUAUGGAUCUAAUUUCACUCCUAACAAGAGUAUGUGUGUAACAGUUGAGCAGGCUAGAUUGCUAGCUAUGGAUGGGUUUGAUCGUCUAGCUACAUAUGCUCUAAAUUUGCCAAAUAGUCUAGUGCUUCUGACACCAUUAGCAGGGUCAAUCUUUUCAAGAGAUGAUAUAGCUAAGAUUGCACAAGACAUUGGAGUAACUCCAAUACAAGUUCUUUGUGCUAUUAAUAAUAGCUGUCAGUCUGGUGGUCAGUACCUAAACAGAUCAUCAAUAAACAUUGCUGUGGUUGCGAGUAUAGUAGCAACAAGAAACAUUAAGGAUGAAGAUGUAGCAGCUAGUAUAGUUGGAAAGACUAUACCCAGUUAA